CCUACAACAACAUGUACAUACAUUGCAGGCUGGUAGAAGAUUUCUGCAGACUCUCAGUCGCUUACAUCCUCGGCCGCUCAUAAAUGUUGCGAUCAUGACAGUGCUAGUUCCAAAGCACCAAUAAGACCUGCGCACCACAUCUCCAGCCGCAGCCCUACAUUCGACAUCCUCACCUCAGUCUCUCUGCACUUUCUCUCUCCACGACGACCGCUGCUCUCUCAUAAGACUGUCCUGAUCAUGUCGACACACGCAACGCUGAUCAAACCACCCAAAUCUCUUCCUCACCAUUCUCCCAUCGAGAACGUCCUCCAACUCCUUCCGCUGAUCGACAUCGGACCAGACAUCUACACCAACGCCCGUCCGCUCUGGCAUCCUCCCGGGGCGCGCGGCAUCUUUGGGGGCGCGGCGAUUGCGCAAUGCCUCUCCGCGGCGCAGGCCACCAUUCCGCCGAACUUCACAGUUCACAGCAUGCACUGCUACUUUGUGCUCGCCGGCAACUCGGAGGUUCCGAUCCUGUACCACGUCGAGCGCGUCCGCGACGGCAAAAGCUUCAUCACACGCACCGUCCAGGCCCGGCAGAGGGGCAAAUGCAUCUUCACCACGACGCUGUCGUUCAUGAAAGAGAACAGUGGCGGUAGACAAAAAGUCGAGCACGCAGUCCGCAUGCCGACCGACGUCACUCCGCCUCCAGCAUCAAACACAGUCGCGUCCGCGGAUGACGACCGACCGUUCGAGAGUGUGCGCUGCCCCGUUACGCAGCGCGGGUGUCCCAGCGAGCGCAAGCUGCGCCAGUGGGUGCGCGCGGUCGGCCGGAUCAGCGAGUGUCCGCCCAACGUGCGCGAGGAGGAGGUGUCGAGCGGCGAGCGCGCCAACAAGCCGGGCGACAAUCACCAGGCGCAUCUGUCCGCGCUGGCGUACAUGAGCGACUCGUACUUCAUCGGCACGGUCGCCCGCGUGCAUAAUCUCAUGCGCUUUGCGAAUCGGCGGACCAUCGAGAACACGCUGCGGAACUUCAAGGGCAGCGAUGCCGAGCGAGAGCAGAUGAAGAAGUACCUCGAGGACAUUGCGAGGGAGGAGGCGGAAGAGAACAAGGAGUUUGGCGGCGCGCCGCCGGAUGACAGCAGACGGAUCGGCAUGAUGGUGUCGUUGGAUCACACGAUUUAUUUCCAUAACCCCAGGGCGUUCAGGGCCGAUGAGUGGAUGUUGACGGAGAUGGAGAGUCCCUGGGCGGGAGACGGGAGGGGUCUUGUCGUGCAACGCAUUUGGAGCAAGGAUGGCACUCUGAUUGCGACGUGUACGCAGGAGGGCGUGGUGAGGUUGCAGCAGAAUGAGAGUAAAUUAUGAAGGGGAUCCUUCAAAGCGUCCUAAGGGAAGUCUCUCUACAAGUGGUGUUGGCUCUUAUGCCGAAAUGUAUAGCAUGUUUUGGGGGGAGGCUGGGUCGACUUGCGCGGUGGGCCAUCGGAAUGCGAGGCGCAUGUCUGGGUUCGGACGAGAGGCAUGAUAGAAUGAUCUUUUUGUUCGAUGAGAAUGUAUAGCGAUUUUAUUUGAGCGAGUCAAUCAGUCCAUUUGUCCAACUUUUGAU